AAUAUGAAUUCAGGAGAAAAUUUUAUUUAUAUUAAUAAUAAUUUUGUGGAUCGUCAAAAGCAUUUAAACGAGCAACUUGGCAUAGCAGAGAAAUCAUUAAAUAAACAUAACAAUCACAAAGAUUCACAUGUACCAAGAUUGGAGGAAUUGUCUAUUAAAUCACAUAAAAAGAUUAAAAUAAAAGGUUUUCGAGGACGCCAAAGUUUAUUUAAACGUCCUGAAGGUCCAGCUCCACGUUCUAAAUUUCGAAUAAUACCAGAUUAUCGUAAAAAUCCAACUAAGUGGACAUGUUACAGCUUAGAUAAUGUGUCUGAUAUUUCAAAUGAAACUAAUAGCGAAACUGCUUUCUUAUUUUUAAAUGAAUUAAGACAAAGAAAGCAACAUGAACUUAAAAAACAAUAUAAAUUUAAAGAAAAACUAAAUGUGAGGUCACAAAACUUAACUCAUGAUUUAGAUAACAAUACACCAGACAAUAAAAGUAUAGAAAUAGAAGCAAGAUCUAUAUCAGAUAAUGAACAUAAAAAUACUAUUUCAUUUCGAAAACCACAAAUAAAAAAAGAAUCAUGUAAAGAAGAUGAUAAACCAGAAUUUAGACAUAAUAAAAUUAUAAUGCCAGAGUAUUUAGUUGGAACAAAGAAAAUUUCAAAAAAAAAACAAACCAAUAUUAAAUUACAAAAAGUUUUGAAAAAUAAUGAGAUGAGAUUGGAUCAUCUUCAAAUGUAUGACGAUGAAGUAUGAAAUAAGUAUACUCAGUAAUAUUGUAUAUAGACAAUAAUACGACUUAAAAAAUAUAAUUUUAUUCUUUAAA